AUGGAUAAAUUCGAUAAGCGUCUUAAUCAAGUUAAUACGAUCACUUCAAAAAAUACUCAAUCUACUUUUAAAUUAAAUGAUCACACCAAAAGUUGUGUCUCCUUUAAUGAUUUCAAUAGAUUUGGAGAAUAAUUUGAUAGUGAAGUUGUUAAUUUGAGAUCUUAAAGUCAAAUCUUAGAAGGCAAAUUGCAAUUUUAUGAAAAAGAAUUCUAAAUUAAAGUAAAUUUACUUGCAAAAUACAUUCUAGUAAUCUUCCUUAGAAAAACGAAUCUAAUAACUGAUUUCUACAUCUUCAUAACUCACUUAAUAAAAUACAUAAUUAAAAUUGCAAUAUUAAGCAUUACUCUUUGAAUAUUAAAUUCAACAAGAUAAAAUUGUUCAAUAAGAAAAAGCAUUCAAAGAGUAUGAAGAUAAAGUUAAAUUUUAAUUCAAUAAUUAUAAUCAAUAUCUAUCUGAAAAAGAAUAGUUAAUAUAAUAUGCAAAUAAAUACAGAGAAAGAUCGAAAUAAAGAAAAGUUAAACUUAAAGAACUUAUCAAUAAUAAUACUUAAAUUUUAGAAUAAAUAUAAUAACUAGAAUAACAAUUAGAAUAGGCAAAUCAGGAAAAGUAAUAAAUUUAUUAAGAGUGUUAAUAAUAAAUCUAAAUACUUAAUGAAUAAAAUUAAGAUUGGUAAAUGAAAUAUGAAUCAAUUGUUUUGAACUUUAAAAAUCAUAUGGCAGAAUAAAAUGAAAGCCAAAAUCUAGAAUAAUAAUUAAACAAUCAUACAAUACUUGAUGAAAGAGAAGCUUAAACAGUCUAAUAAGAAUUAGAAAAUUUUAGUAUCUUACAAAAAGAUCUAAAUAAUCUUCUUUGUUAAAUCAAAAAUACAAGUGUUACAAAUCCUUAAUCAUUUUAAAUGCAAUAAAUUAUUGAAUUUGCUGAAAUCUUUAAUAGAAUGGCUGAAAAAAUAUUUGAAUUAUAAUAAAAGAAAUCAAUGCUAAAAGAUUAAAUUAAAGUAACCAUAUUUUAUAAUUAGGAUUUGUAAAAAAAUCUUUAACAAAGCUAAUUACAGACAUAAAUUUUAACUAAUAAUUCUAUUCACUAAAGCCCUAAUUUGAUUGAUGAUAAAACGAAAAUAUUGUUUGAAUAAAGAAUUUUUGAAUUAGAAGAGUAUAAAUUUUUAUUUAUAUAAGGUUCUAUUAGAAAGAAAAAUAAUAAAAUAAAAAUAAGCUUUUCUAGAAUGAAAAAUAAUAUUUAAUAAUUUAAAUGCUUACUUAAUUUUUAGAAGAAUUUUUGAGACAAUAAAACAAUCUAAAAAUAUUGAAUUCUUAAAUUAUUGAUUUAUAGUUUGAAAAGAGUGAUAAACAAAAUAAUCGAACUUUUAAGAAAGCAUCAUGGGUUAUAAUAGCUAUUCAUAGAAUUAAAAUCAUUUAGAAUUCAAUAUAUUACCAAUAAACAGUUUAUUUAAAUAAAUUAAGAAUUGAAAUGCCUAUUAUUAAUUCAUUAAAUUAAAUCCUUGAAUUAGUAGGUGGAUAAUAAUAACUUAUUGAAAUUUUACAAUUGUCUAUGGAACAUAAAGGAUCCGAAGUCUAAUAAGAUUAAGACAUCCAAACAUUAGUAGAUUAAGGAUUAAAAUAAUAAUUAAAAGCUGUUUAGAUUGAAUUAGAUACUAAUAAUAAAAAAAUGUUUUAGUAUAAAUUGUAAUCAGAAAAAUAAAUAGAGGAAAAAGAUCGUAUAAUUAAUGAGUUAGAAUAAUAAUUGAAAGAUUACUCAAAUGAUUGUAAUUAAAAACUUUUUGAACAUUUAGAAGAAUAAAACAAUAGAGUCAAAAAUAUUGAAAAUGAAUUUAAUGUUUUAAAUGAACUUGUUAAUACAUUAAUAUGA